AUGAAAUUCGGCCGGAACCUACCUCGAAACCAGGUUCCAGAGUGGGCGGGCUCGUAUAUCAACUACAAGGGGCUGAAAAAACUGAUCAAGUCCGGCGUGAAGUCGGCAAAGGAUGGAGAGCCGGUAGACCUUGCCGAGUUCUUUUUCGACCUGGAUCGGAACCUUGAAGAUGUCGAUUCUUUUUACAACAAGAAGUUUGCCGACGCGUGUCGAAGGCUGAAGGUGCUUCAGGACCGCUAUGGAAGCUCGCCCGAUGUGGUCGCGAACCUGGACGAUGACGAGAUCGAGGAGUUGAUGGGCGCCCUGCUCGAGCUGCGCAGCCAGUUGCGUAAGCUGCAGUGGUUUGGAGAGAUCAACCGCCGCGGCUUCAUCAAGAUCACCAAGAAACUGGACAAGAAGAUCCCCAACACCGCCACAAAAACCACCACACAGCACCGCUACAUCUCUACCAAGGUCGACCCUUGCCCGUUUGCCAAGGACACGACAAUCGCCAGACUGUUGGCCGAAAUCAACAAGUGGAUUUCGGCUCUCGGCGACUCGCAUAAUGUUGACGACGCUCGGUCGGAAAGGUCGACGUUGUCUCUCGGCCGUGCGACAGCAAAGGCUAUGCUUAGCCUCCCGCCGGAUUUACUAGACAAGCUCGAUCAGGCAAUCCGGAGCGAUAAUGUGGAAGGGCUGAAAGAAAGUUUGGCCACCGGGAACUUGCUCACUUCCGAGCCGGCUGCACAGAGGGUGCUGCUGAACGUGCUGCAGCGAUCCAUCUCGGCGAGAUCGAGGGGCGUGACUAAGUUCUUGCUUAAGAACAUCACCUCCUUGGACGAACCCGAUGACAUCAACGAGCGGAACUGCGUCCAUAGACUUGUCAUUCAUAUCGGCCGCACGAAGACAGCAUCGGCGAAGAACGACGAGGACCCCAGCCAAGCCGCCUUCCCUUUUCCAGGCGCAGUCCCAUAUGCCCAGAGUUAUUUAACUCCAGCGGAAUCGCCCCCGCUAGCUCCGCGAGUCUGCGGGCUGAAGGAGGAAUCGAGCCUGCUCACAAAAGACGAUGAGGCUGUGAAGAUGUUGAUGUAUCUGCUGGAUAGUUUGAACCCGGGCCAGAGGGAGGCCCUGAAGGCGAAAGACGGCUUUGGCCGCAUCCCACUGCACUAUGCCGCCCAGUUCGGGUUCGUGGUGGUCUGCCAGAUCCUGAUGAAGCAGAUGCAGGACUGGGGUCAGUUCAACGUGGAGAACGGCAUCGAUGCUGCGGAGUGGCAAGAUAAGGACGGCAAUGCUCCGGUGCAUCUGAGUGUCCUUGGUGGUCACCGCCUAACGACCAAGGCGCUGCUGCAAGGCGAGGACUGGCAGGGGGUCAGCGACCACAAGGCUGAGAUGCGGCGGUCGAUUUCCAAAUCUAGCGCAGUUCUGGCCAUUGCUACCAAGGCUAACUUCGAGCCCAUCGUGGAAAUGCUGGUGGAGGCGGGCGUGGAUAUCAACUGGCAGGACAAGGACGGUGAGACGGCGCUACACAUUGCCGCACGGUUCGGUCAUGACAAGUGUGCCAAGGUUUUGUUGAAAGGGACGGCGGAGCAAAAGGCUAACCUCGAGCUGGCCGAGAAGGCGUUUGCGUGGACGCCACUGCACAUCUCGGCGGUGGAUGGUCAUUUGGGCGUUGCGCAGUUGCUGGUGGAUGCUGGAGCGGACGUGGACAAGAUGGACUCGUCGGGCUGGACGGCAAAGGAGCACGCCGCGCUGAGAGGUCAUCUUCCUAUUGCUCGGCUCCUUGCCCACCAUACCAAAGAAGACGAUGACACGGGCCCGAGCAGCUCCGACGACGAAAAGCCUGCCCCUGAACCAACGGCUCGUGAGGUUUCAUCUCUUGAAGACAGGCGGUCAAACGGCGCCUCGCGUGCUGCUGAUCCUGUCAAGUCGUUUGGUCAUCGAUAUCUCCGGGACGAGAGUAUGGUGUUGGUGAGCUUGGGGUCUAUGGACAUGCGGAAGACGGUCGAAGCGGUGACGCUGGAUAAGGUACCGCUUGCCGAGGCCCACAACACGCAGCUCGACACUGCUUUAUCGAUCGUGGUGUCGGCGCAGGGCGCCCACGGCGAGCCGACGAUUAUUGACAUGCCCGUCCACGAGAACAUCUCGACCGAGCCGAUCGUAUUCACAGCCACGGACGCCACCAAAGUGAAGCUGCUGUUCGACAUCGUUCCGACCUAUUCGGGCAACCAGAACAACAAGGUCGGACGCGGCGUGGCGCUGCUGUCGAGCAUCCGCCCGAGCAUCGGGGCCAAGCGAAUGAACCUGCAGGGCGACGUGUGCGUGCCGAUCGUAGGGGCUAACCUGGACGUCAUCGGGACGGUCAACUUCAACUUCCUCGUCAUCACGCCCUUCUCACACCCCAACAUGGAGGUGACGGAGCAGCAGACGUACUGGAAGAAGAUGACAUCCACCAUGGUGAUCGGCCACCGCGGUUUGGGCAAAAAUGUCGUGUCGGGCCGGUCGCUGCAGCUUGGGGAGAACACGGUGCCGUCGUUCAUUGCGGCCGCCAACUUGGGCGCUCAGUACGUCGAGUUCGACGUCCAGCUCACCAAGGAUCACGUCCCCGUCAUCUACCACGACUUUUUGGUCAGCGAGACGGGCUUCGAUGCGCCCGUGCAUACGCUGACGUUGGAACAAUUCCUCCAUAUCAACCCGGACUCCUCGCGCCAGGCUCCCCGGAACGGCCUUGUUAAAGGAAGCCCUGGAGACCGAGAUGCGGAUGCCGGCGGCCCGAAGUUGGAAAACAAGCAGAUCACCAACGUUCGAAGCAACAGCCCGGGCCCACGGCAGCGUUCGAUGUCGAUGGACUGGCCGGCAGCAGCGGGGGGUAGUGGCGCGCCUGGCCGUCAUCAUCACCCUCAACUGCAUCAGCGGUCGAAACACGAGAUGGAAGAGCGGAUGAAGCACACGCGCGACUUCAAGGAGAAAGGGUUCAAGGCGAACUCGCGCGGCAACUUCAUCCAGGCGCCCUUCGCGACGCUGGAGGACCUGUUCCACAAGCUCCCGGCGUCGGUCGGGUUCAACAUCGAGCUCAAGUACCCGAUGUUGCACGAAAGCGAGGAGCACGAGAUGGAUACCUACGCGGUCGAGCUGAAUUCGUUCUGCGAUACCGUCCUGGAGAAGGUGUAUGAGCAUUUGGGCCCGGGGGAGAGUGGUAGUGGUGGUGAGGGUGAAGAAGGGACCGGGCCCCGGCACAUCAUAUUCAGCUCGUUCAACCCGGAUAUUUGCCUGUGCCUGAGCUUCAAGCAGCCGAGUAUCCCGAUCCUGUUCCUCACGGACGCGGGCGUUGACCCUGUGGGCGACAUUCGGGCGAGCAGUCUGCAGGAGGCGAUCCGGUUUGCGUCGCGGUGGAACUUGCUGGGCUUGGUGAGCAACGCGGAGCCGUUUGUCAAUAGCCCGCGGUUGGUAAGGGUGGUGAAGCAGAAUGGGUUGGUGUGUGUGAGCUAUGGGGUGCUGAACAAUGAGCCGAAGUUGGUGCGGCGCCAAGUCAAGGAGGGUAUUGACGCCGUCAUUGUCGACAGCGUGUUAGCGAUCCGCAAGGGUCUCACGGGCGGACAGGACGCAGCAGUUGAGAGCACCGAACAGCUCCGAGAGAAGGUGGAGGGAACGACGUUGACGGAGACGGUGGUUGAGAACGGGAAUUGGACCACGGCGCAAAACGCAUGA